AUCCCUGCGGCGGGGGCGUGGCCGUGGCCGCGGCGUUCCGGCGGGGGCUCCCGCCGUCGGGGUCCCACAGUUUCUAGCCGCCCCUCUCCUCAGUGCCCGGAGGCCCGGGGAGGGUCUGGGAGCCCGAGGCCGUCCCCGAGUCGCUCCUGGGUCACUGGCACGAUGCAGGCCGUUCUCUCGGCUGAUGGGUUGGAAGCCCAGCGAGGCUAGAGGCCAGUCCCAAAGUCUCCAGGCAUCAGGGCUGCAGCCCAAGAACCUCAAGGCGGCUGGACGGGCGACUGGACGGCCGGACAGCCUGGCUUGCUGGCUGCCCGUCUGGUUUGCUGUGUUGUGUCUCCAGUGGCUUUAGCUUCCAACAGGAAAGCCUGGUAGCCGAGCGAAUCUGUGACCCAGGAAGUAGCACUUAAACGCCUGGGAUGCUGCCUCGAGGCUGGUGUGUGCUCUGAGGUCCUGAGCAGCCCCGCCCAACAUGGACCCAGACCCCCAGGCGGGCGUGCAGGUGGGCAUGCGGGUGGUGCGCGGCGUGGACUGGAAGUGGGGCCAGCAGGACGGCGGAGAGGGCGGCGUGGGCACAGUGGUGGAGCUUGGCCGCCACGGCAGCCCCUCGACACCCGACCGCACGGUGGUCGUGCAGUGGGACCAGGGCACACGCACCAACUACCGCGCCGGCUACCAGGGCGCGCACGACCUGCUGCUCUACGACAACGCCCAGAUCGGCGCCCGGCCCCCCAACAUCAUCUGUGACUGCUGCAAGAAGCACGGGCUGCGGGGGAUGCGCUGGAAGUGCCGCGUGUGCCUGGACUACGACCUCUGCACGCAGUGCUACAUGCACAACAAGCACGAGCUUGCCCACGCCUUCGACCGCUACGAGACGGCCCACUCACGCCCUGUCACGCUGAGUCCCCGCCAGGGCCUCCUGAGGAUCCCACUAAGGGGCAUCUUCCAGGGAGCGAAGGUGGUGCGAGGCCCCGACUGGGAGUGGGGCUCACAGGAUGGAGGGGAAGGGAAACCGGGCCGUGUGGUGGACAUCCGUGGCUGGGAUGUGGAGACAGGCCGGAGUGUGGCCAGCGUGACAUGGGCUGAUGGUACCACGAACGUGUACCGUGUGGGCCACAAGGGCAAGGUGGACCUCAAGUGUGUGGGCGAGGCAGCGGGCGGCUUCUACUACAAGGACCACCUCCCAAGGCUUGGCAAGCCGGCCGAGCUGCAGCGCAGGGUGAGUGCUGACGGUCAGCCCUUCCAGCACGGGGACAAGGUCAAAUGUCUGCUGGACACUGACGUCCUGCGGGAGAUGCAGGAAGGCCACGGCGGCUGGAACCCCAGGAUGGCGGAGACGGGCACCGUGCAUCGCAUCACGGACCGCGGGGACGUGCGCGUGCAGUUCAACCACGAGACGCGCUGGACCUUCCACCCCGGGGCGCUCACCAAGCACCACUCCUUCUGGGUGGGCGACGUGGUCCGGGUCAUCGGCGACCUUGACACGGUGAAGCGGCUGCAGGCUGGGCAUGGCGAGUGGACGGACGACAUGGCCCCUGCCCUGGGCCGCGUCGGGAAAGUGGUGAAAGUGUUUGGAGACGGGAACCUGCGUGUAGCAGUCGCUGGUCAGCGGUGGACCUUCAGCCCCUCCUGCCUGGUGGCCUACCGGCCCGAGGAGGAUGCCAACCUGGACAUGGCUGAGCGCGCCCGGGAGAACAAAAGCUCUCUGAGCGUGGCCCUGGACAAGCUUCGGGCCCAGAAGAGUGACCCGGAGCACCCGGGAAGGCUGGUGGUGGAGGUGGCGCUGGGUAACGCGGCCCGGGCUCUGGACCUGCUGCGGAGGCAUCCAGAGCAGGUGGACACCAAGAACCAAGGCAGGACCGCUCUGCAAGUGGCUGCCUACCUGGGUCAGGUGGAGUUGGUGCGGCUGCUGCUACAAGCCAGGGCGGGCAUGGACCUGCCGGACGAUGAGGGAAACACAGCGCUGCACUACGCGGCCCUGGGGAACCAGCCUGAGGUUGCCAGGGUGCUCCUGAAUGCUGGGUGCCGGGCAGAUGCCAUCAACAGCACCCAGAGCACAGCGCUGCAUGUGGCCGUGCAGAGGGGCUUCCUGGAGGUGGUGCGGGCCCUGUGUGAGCAUGGCUGUGACGUCAACCUGCCUGAUGCCCACUCGGACACGCCCCUGCACUCCGCCAUCUCGGCGGGCACUGGCGCCAGUGGCAUCGUCGAGGUCCUCACGGAGGUGCCAAACAUCGAUGUCACCGCCACCAACAGCCAGGGUUUCACCUUGCUGCACCAUGCCUCCCUCAAAGGCCACGCGCUAGCUGUGAGAAAGAUUCUGGCUCGGGCACGGCAGCUGGUGGACGCCAAGAAGGAGGACGGCUUCACGGCACUCCACCUGGCCGCCCUCAACAACCACCGUGAGGUGGCCCAGAUCCUCAUCCGCGAGGGCCGCUGUGACGUGAAUGUGCGCAACCGGAAGCUGCAGUCCCCGCUGCAUCUAGCCGUGCAGCAGGCCCAUGUGGGGCUGGUGCCACUGCUGGUGGACGCUGGGUGCAGUGUCAACGCGGAGGACGAGGAGGGGGACACAGCCCUGCACGUGGCGCUGCAGCGUCAUCAGAUGCUGCCCCUGGUGGCUGAUGGGGCCGGGGGGGACCCAGGGCCCUUGCAGCUGAUGUCCAGGCUACAGGCCUCGGGCCUCCCCGGCAGCGCGGAGCUGACGGUGGGCGCGGCGGUCGCCUGCUUCCUGGCGCUGGAGGGCGCCGACGUGAGCUACACCAACCACCGCGGCCGGAGCCCGCUGGACCUGGCCGCCGAGGGCCGCGUGCUCAAGGCCCUUCAGGGCUGCGCCCAGCGCUUCCGGGAGCGUCAGGCGGGCGGGGGCGCGGCCCCAGGCCUCAGGCACGCGCUGGGGACCCCCAACACCGUGACGAACCUGCACGUGGGCGCCGCGCCGGGGCCCGAGGCCGCUGAGUGCCUGGUGUGCUCCGAGCUGGCGUUGCUGGUGCUGUUCUCGCCGUGCCAGCACCGCACCGUGUGCGAGGAGUGCGCGCGCAGGAUGAAGAAGUGCAUCAGGUGCCAGGUGGCCGUCAGCAAGAAGCUACGCGCAGACGGCUCUGAGGUGGCGAGCGCCGCCCCCGCCCCCGGCCCGCCGCGCCAGCUGGUGGAGGAGCUGCAGAGCCGCUACCGGCAGAUGGAGGAACGUAUCACCUGCCCCAUCUGCAUCGACAGCCACAUCCGCCUCGUGUUCCAGUGCGGCCACGGCGCAUGCGCCCCCUGCGGCUCCGCGCUCAGCGCCUGCCCGAUCUGCCGCCAGCCCAUCCGCGACCGCAUCCAGAUCUUCGUGUGAGCCGCGCCGCCCGCCACGCCCGAGCUGCCUUCGCGAGCCCCCGCCCUGUGUUUUAUAAAAAGAUUCUCGGACGU